AUGCCUAUCUUCUACUACAGUCGUAAAUCCGAUGGCAAAAUUGAGUCGAUUUUCGCUGAGAUGCCUGCAAGAAAAUCUCAAGUUGAUGUUAUUCCAAGCAGAGCUGAACAAGACAAAGGUGAGUCUUCUUCCUUGUCUGCUUCCAAAUCAAAUUACGAACAGCUUCCUCAUCAUCUCAAAUCUUGCUUAGAUUACUGUUCUAUCGUUUCCAAGCAAUUUUCUAUCGUUUCCAAGCAAAGUUCUAUCGAGAAACAAAAACUAGUUAGGCUUUUGUUGGCUCAUGGUCUAAUACCAGAAAAAGAAGGCCAGAUUAUGGAGGAUGUAGCAGCAAAUAUUAUCAAAGAAUUAAUUGGCCUUGAGAUGCUUGAAGAAGAUCAAAAUUUUAAUUUUAAAGUACAUGUGUCUGAAUUCCAUCAAGAAUCAUGCCUUGUUGAAGUUGAUGAGCAAGAUUUUGUUGCUAAUGCUGCGAAUUUGCCUAUCCAUGCUGUAAUUGAAGAUGAUGGGAAAAUCCUGCCUCUUGACUUCAAAAACUUUCGAAUUCGAUCCUUGUUUGCGACUGCGAUAGAGGGUGCCCUUGAUGAGAUUCAAUAUAUAGGAGCCUUUUCUGAGGCGUAUUUGCAAACUGUCUGUGGAUUACAGUUUCUGUUGAUUUUGGAAUUGCAUGGCACAGUAGAGUACUUACCUGAUGAAGUUGGAGAUUUGGUUCACCUGAGGUAUUUAGGAUUGUGCUCAAAGAUAAAGAAGAUUCCAUGUACUAUAGGCAAUCUUCAAAAACUACAAACUUUGGAUAUAAGUUGUGGUGAAAACCUAUGCAAAUUACCUGUAGAAAUUCUGAAUAUCAGACAGCUGAGGCACCUUUUAUUGAAGGAUUACUUAGAAUCUGAUGGUGGAAUUAGAGUUCCAAGAGGGAUUGGAACUUUGAUACAUCUUCAAUCUUUCACAGCUAUAUUUUCUGGUGCAAGCUUCGCUAGUGAAUUGAGUCUUUUAACCAAACUACGAAGCCUUGACAUUCGAAAUGUGUCUGAGGAUCAUGCAGAUGAACUAUUUGCAGUCAUCACAAACCUGGAAAACCUUGUCUCCCUGUCAAUAUCUGCAGAACAAGCCAGUCGGGGUUCAUUCCUUCCUGAAAUGGAACAAUUUUCUCCUCCACCUCAUCUUAAAGAGCUUCGUUUACGUGGAGGCCUAUUUGAAUUGCCUAAUUGGCUUGCAUCCAUUGAAAAUCUAACCAAUCUAGGUUUAUAUCACUCUAAUCUUUUGGAGAAUCCAUCUUCAGUUCUUCAGUUUCUUUCCAAAUUAAAACAUCUCACUCUAUGGAAUGCCUACAAGACAAAGCUCAUUGGUAAAGAGUUUUGCAAGAAUGGUGGAUUUCAAGAGCUGGAAACUUUGACAAUUUGUUCAGAGUAUUUAGUGGAGUGGACUGAAAUUGUGAAUGGAGCUUUCCCAAGUUUGAGGACACUUCAAUUUUACAAUUGUUUAAAUUUGAGGUUUCUUCCUGAAGGUUUAGAGAACAUUUCUAGUAUUCGAGAGUUGCGUUUAUGGCCUUCACAUGGAGAUCUAGCAAGAAGAUUGGGUGGUGAAGAAAAUUAUAAGAUCAAGCACAUUCCAAAUUUUCAGACACGCUGCCCAGUUCCCAUGGUGGCAUACUCGCCAUUCUAG